CAAAAUCUAACUAGUUAGUGCAAUACCUAACAAAUGCAAAUCUUCCAAAAAUAUGAAAAUAGUUGAUUAUAUUCUCCGACUCAUGAGCUGUAUAUUCUUAAUUCUUAGUAAUGCACAAAUGCCAGAGCUUUUAAUAUAGUAACCUCCCAUUUUCCCCGUAGCCCUCUUAAGAAAUCCACCAAAAUUUAUCCUUUUUUCUGUAGAAAGGUUAGAUUUUCUCACAUUUGGAAUUUGGAACACGCCAUCAAGGGUCUUAUAAUUGCGUGUGAUCGACCACGUGCUGAGAGAGCCGAGUGGACAAGUGGUCUGGGGGGCUCUUUCUCCACCGCCUUGAUACUUGACUGAAUUCUCUGCGACCCUUCAACACCUUUGUCUUCUCCAAGCACACACAGAGAUAUAUGUCCAUCUAAAUUUUAUUGUGUAUUCUUGUUUUUAUUGAAAAUUUUCUUAUAGGGUAGCAGAUUUAUGCGCAGUAGUAAGGGUUUAAAAAAAGGACCACGAGGCUGAAGCACCCAGGUUUGUGGAAAAAGCACCUUGACUUUUCUUUGUUGUCUAUCAUAAACUUCUUGUCGUGCAUUUAUGAUUGGGGAUUGCUCUAUAUUUGACUUGAUUCAGUGUGUCGGAAGGGCAUUCCAUUUUUGAAGAUUUAAUGGGAUUUUGUGCGACUGAGACGUUUUUUUAAUUCUAUGUACGCAAAUGUUCAUCAAUGAUUUUGAAAAGAGUUGCUUUUUGAGGUGUAAAAAGUUCUUGCCGCUGGAUUUUGUGCUGAGGAUCACUAAUUGUUGAAUUUUGGUGGUUUCAGGUCAAAGGACGUUCAUAUAUGAAUUUAUUGUGUAGCAUUUAAGUGGAUUCUAUCGUGGGAUUGGUGUUUUUGGUUUUGAUAUUUCAGGAAAUUAAUAUAGAAGGCAGUUCUUUCCUGAGAUAAUUUUUCAGCUUUUUACUUCGUUUGGCUUUAUCUUUGAGUUAAUAGUGUUGCCAUUUUAUCUCACUUCUGGCUUUAAACCCUCGUGGAUUAGUUUUGUGUUAUAAACUGGUUGAAGUAUGAGUCGGAGGGUGCGGCGGAGGGUGGAAAGGAGGGGCACUGCAGAAGUGGAAGGCCAGGAGAUCGAGAGGUUGAGUUCUGACAUGAAAGGUGUGGUUGAUUGGAAAAGAUUGCCUGAUGAUACAGUAAUUCAGCUUUUUUCAUGUCUGAACUAUCGUGAUCGUGCGAGCCUGUCGUCAACCUGCCGGACAUGGAGAUUUCUGGGUAAAUCUCCAUGCUUGUGGCAGGAAUUGGAUUUAAGGCCCCAUAAGUGUGAUGCUGCUGCAGCUGCUUCACUUGCCUCUCGAUGCGAGAAUCUUCAAAAACUUCAGUUCCGGGGUCCUGAAUCUGCUGGUGCUAUCAUAAAUCUUCAAGCUCGGGGUUUGCGUCAGAUUAGUGUAGAUGGUUGCCGGAAAAUUACGGAUGCUUCGUUAUCUGUGCUUGCUGCUCGACAUGAGGCACUAGAGUGCCUUCAGCUUGGGCCAGAUUUAUGCGAAAGGAUCAGCAGUGAUGCGCUAAAAGCAAUUGCCAUUUGCUGUCUUCGUCUGCAGAAACUUAGGCUCACGGGUAUACAUGAAAUUGAUGCAGAUGCUAUCAAUGCUUUGGCAAAAUAUUGUCCAAACUUGAUGGAUAUUGGAUUCAUUGACUGUCGAAAAGUUGAUGAGACCGCUAUGGGAAAUGUUACAUCAGUUUGCUUCCUAUCUGUUGCAGGUACACGUAAUAUAAAGUGGGGUUUGAUAUUACAGCACUGGAAAAAGCUGCCUCACUUGACAGGCUUAGAUGUUUCUAGAACAGAUAUUACCCCUCAUGCCGCUUUAACACUGGUAAAAACAUGGAAGAGUUUGAAGGUCCUGUGUGCCUUAAAUUGCCGAGCACUCGAGGAAGAUGCUUCCUUUGUCUAUAAUAACAAUCAUAAAGGUAAAUUUCUGUUUGCUGUCUCUACAGACAAUUUUAAAGUUGCAGCUUCGCUAUUUGCCGAUACUACAAAGAAUGAAAGGAAUGUUUUCUUGGAUUGGAGAAAUAUGAAUGUUAAGGAUAGAAAGUUAGAUGAGGUAAUGAAGUGGCUGGAAUGGACCCUCUGCUAUGCACUUCUACGUAUUUCAGAGAGCAACCCACCAGGUUUGGAUAAUUUUUGGCUCCACCAAGGCACUUCUCUGUUACUUAGUUUCAUGCAGAGUGCAGAGGAGGAAGUUCAAGAAAGAGCGGCUACAGCUCUUGCUACUUUUGUUGUAAUUGAUGAUGAAAAUGCCAGUAUUGACCCUGGAAGGGCCGAAGCAGUUAUUCGAGUUGGGGGCAUACGUCUUCUUCUAAACCUUGCGAGGUCAUGGCGGGAAGGGCCUCAGUCAGAAGCUGCAAAGGCUAUAGCAAACUUAUCAGUGAAUGCCAAUGUUGCAAAAGCUGUGGCAGAGGAAGGAGGGAUCAAUGUUUUGGUAAAUAUGGCUAGAUCUAUGAACAGGCUGGUUGCUGAAGAGGCUGCUGGAGGACUCUGGAACGUCUCUGUUGGUGAAGAACACAAGGGUGCCAUUGCUGAGUCUGGUGGUGUAAAAGCUUUAGUUGAUCUUAUCUGUAAGUGGUCUGGCACUGCUGGUGGUGAAGGAGUUUUGGAACGUGCUGCAGGUGCAUUGGCAAACUUGGCAGCGGAUGAUAAAUGCAGCUUGGAAGUUGCUUUAGCGGGUGGAAUACCUGCUUUAGUAACUUUGGCCAGGAGUUGCAAAGUUGAAGGGGUGCAAGAGCAGUCGGCUCGUGCUUUGGCAAAUUUGGCGGCUCACGGAGAUAGCAACAGUAACAAUGCUGCUGUUGGAGAAGAGACGGGAGCUCUUGAGGCACUUGUGCAACUUACACGCUCUUCUCAUGAUGGUGUCAAGCAAGAGGCUGCUGGCGCAUUAUGGAAUUUAUCCUUUGAUGACAGCAAUCGAGAAGCAAUUGCAGCUGCUGGUGGCAUUGAGUCAUUGAUGCAUGCACUGGAUAUUGGAGUUUUUAAGUUUGCCAAUUGUGCUUGUUGGUGCCAUGCAUUAAUAUGUGUGAACUCAUGGUGGUUGGUUGGACCACAAACUAAGCUACAUCUCUGUUUGGAAAUUCAAAAUUCGGAACAGUCAAGCUCUGAACCAAUUUUAUAUUGGAUUAUUUUGCUUUUGAACUUUUUUUUUAUCUAUUCUUUGAUGCUUUUCUUUCUUUCUCUGUUCUUUGGGAGUGGACGGGUUUUGGCAACAAUGAUGAAGAUUUGCAUUUUCUGCAGACUGGAUCAAGUUGCCACAGAAAGCAUUUCAAAGAGUGUAAGCUUGGAUGGGGCUAGAAGAAUGGCCUUAAAGCACGUAGAAACUUUUAUCCUGUCCUUUUCCAAUCCUCAAGCAUUCUCUGCUGCUUCUGCAUCAUUGGCCACUGCAGCAUUGACACAAGUAUUGAAUUCUGUUCGCAUUCAAGACGCCGGUCACCUGAGAUGCAGUGGAGCUGAGAUUGGAAGGUUUGUUUCCAUGCUGCGAAAUCCUUAUUCGAUUCUGAAAGCGUGCGCUGCAUUUGCUCUUCUUCAGUUCACCGUACCAGGUGGUCGGCAUGCAAAGCAUCAUGUUAGACUUCUUCGAAAUACUGGAGCACCACGGGUGCUUCGAGCUGCAGCAGCCGCAACAGGUGCCCCACUCGAAGCAAAAAUCUUUGCAAGAAUUGUAUUGCGGAAUCUCGAACACCAAAUAGAAUCUCAAGCCAUAAGCUGAUGCCAAUGCCAUUUGCUUUUAGGUCAGCUUUUUCUUGUCAUUCGUACCAUCGUCGAAUAACCUGUAGUUCGGUGCAAACUUAACUAAGGUGGGGGUUAAAAAUUUUCUGGGAUAUCCAAUGACUUCUUUCUAUUCCUUGUUAUCUUUUAAUUUGUCAUGGAUUGCCCUUGUGCUGUCAGCAACCUCGUACCAGGACAUGGUAAUAUCUCUGGGAAAUAGAACAUGGCGUUGAAAACGUGUUCUGUUUACUAGUUUGGAUUUUGAACGAAAUUGUAUGUAAUUUUCCUAUGUUGCACAUUUUUUUCCCAUUUUAUCUAUAGGUUUUAACUUGGGACUUUAA